AUGUCAGCAAAGCCAAUCGUCGUGCACCAUUUGGAAAAUUCUCGUUCGCAGCGUAUUCUAUGGCUUCUGGAAGAGCUUGAAGUUCCUUACGAGGUGAAGAAAUAUAAGCGUACACCUCAGCGAAGGGCACCGCAGGAACUCCUCGACGUCCACCUUCUUGGAAAAUCGCCAGUUAUCACGGAUGGAGAUGUCACUGUAGCGGAAAGCGGUGCAAUUGUGGAGUACCUCAUCCACAAGUAUGGGAAAGAUAAAAUUCAAGUCCCAGAAGCUGGAUGGCUCGACAAUGUCUACUUCACCCACUACCCAGAAGGCUCCGUCCAACCUGUCCUCAUCCGCCGGCUCCUCUUCAAGCUCAUUCCAGAAAAUGUGCCGGCCCUCAUUCGCCCCCUCAUUAGAGCUGUAUUCUCCAAAGUUGACGAAAAGGUAACACUGCCGGAAUUGAAGCUCCAUGGGAAAUUCAUUGAAACCCAUCUUGCGAAAACAAAAGGGUGGUUUGCUGGAGGCCCGAAUCCAACAUCUGCGGACUACAUGAUGUCUUUCACGCUGGAAAUCAUGAUAGAUCGUGCGCCAGAGGCUGUGGGUGAGAAUAUCAAGGAAUUUGUAAAGCGUGUUCAGGAGAGGUAG